GCAGUUUGCAGAAAUUACAUUGUUCCUUUUGAAAGAGGAAUGAUUUGGUGGUGAUGGAGUGCUGCCACUGACAGAUGGACUCACAGGAAAGAAGCUCAGAAGAGGCAGAAGGAGCCAAAGAGAGAGGCCUGGUCUAUGUUUGGAAGGCUGGUUCCUGCUCUGUAACUCCAGAAAGGCUUCCUGGCCUUAGUGGAAAAACUGUAUUACAGGCAGCCCUUGGAAUAUAUCAUGGAUUACUUCUAACAGAAGGUGGAGAGGUCUACAGCUUUGGAAAACUGCCCUGGAGAUCAGAACCGGAGGAGUCAUGUGCCAAUAGUCCUAUCUUAGAAAAUACUUUGCUUGGGCAUCAUGUUAUUACAGUGGCAGCUGGCAGCUUCCAUAAUGGAGCCUUAACAGAAAGUGGUGUGGUGUACAUGUGGGGCAACAAUUCUGCUGGCCAGUGUGCAGUUGCUAAUCAGCCAUGUGUACCGGAGCCACAACCCAUCAGUAUUUCUGAUUCUGAAACCAGUCCUCUCUUAUCAGUAAGGAUUUUGCAGCUAGCAUGUGGAGAGGAGCACACACUGGCACUGUCACUAAGCAGAGAGAUAUGGGCUUGGGGGAGUGGCUGCCAGCUCGGUCUCAUAACAACAACUUUCCCAGUGACAAAGCCACAGAAGGUAGAGCACCUGGCAGGGCGCGUUGUGCUCCAGAUUGCCUGUGGAGCCUACCACAGCCUGGCUCUGGUACAAUGUCUUCCUGUGCAGGAAAUGAAGCCUAUCCCAGAGAGGUGCAAUCAUUGCAGCCAACUCCUCAUUACCAUGACGGACAAGGAAGAUCAUGUAAUCAUUUCAGAUAGUCACUGUUGCCCACUGGGCGUAGCACUGUCCGAUAACCGACCAGAAAGCCAUGCGUUCUGUCCCUCACUGGAGACCCCGGAAGGAAAAAGUCUAUCAGGUAGCCAGAGUGAAGGCUGUCAGAAACCACUUGUGGAAGAACAUACGCUUGUUGCGUUAGAAGCUGAUGGAACAAGUGUGUUUUCCAGUAACGAUGGACAGGAAGACAGUGGAAUUUCUAGUCCUGGAAAUAUUCUGUUCCCAGACAAAAAAGGAGUGAAAGAGUACUUAAUCAGUUUGUCAGAUCACUCAUUAAGUGAGAGCCUGGAGAAGAACAUCUGCCCAGAACCUGAGCAGCCUUCACAAGAAGAACAACUUGGUGCUUGUAUCCCUGGCCCUCCAGGUACCAGCACCUCUGCCUUGAACAGCUUGGUGGCCUCUUGUGCAUCAGCAGUUGGGGUGAGAGUAGCUGCUACAUAUGAAGCCGGAGCACUGUCUUUGAAGAAAGUAAUGAACUUCUAUGGUGCACCUCCAAGUGAAUCAGGAUCCCAGUCUGGCGGUGGUUCCCCAGGGCCUGAAGCUCUGAAAGACAGUCGAGAGGAGCAGGUCAGACAGGAAUCCAUGCAGGGGAAGAAGAGUUCCAGUUUAGUAGACAUUAGAGAGGAGGAAUCUGAAGGAGGAAGUCGAAGGCUUUCCCUGCCUGGCUUGUUGUCACAAGUUUCUCCUAGGCUCUUACGGAAGGUAGGGCGAGCAAAAAUGAGGACUGUAGCUCUGACUCCAACCUACAGUGGUGAGGCUGAUGCUCUUUUACCCUCUCUAAGAACGGAGGUGUGGAGCUGGGGAAAGGGGAAGGAAGGACAGCUAGGGCACGGUGAUGUUCUACCAAGGCUUCAGCCACUAUGUGUGAAAAGCCUAGAUGGUAAAGAAGUGAUUCAUCUCUCUGCUGGUGGCCAUCAUUCCUUAGCACUCACUGCCAAAUCUCAGGUGUAUUCAUGGGGCAGUAAUACCUCUGGCCAGCUUGGUCACUUGAACUCCCCGACAACGGUCCCUCGUCUGGCAAAGGUGUGUGGCAGUGGUGUUUGGACUACAGCAGCAGGACUAGAUUAUUCCCUUUUCUUAGCAGAUGAGGAAGAUUUUCAACCUGGAUUAUAUUACAGUGGCCAGGAGACAACAACAGAAAAUAGCUUGUUUGAAAACAGCUGUACUAAGAGUCCAGCUUUGUUACUGUCCUGUAGUAAGAUAGGAUACAUAAGCAAUGUGAUAGCUGGUGGUGACAACUGUUUGGUCUUAGUAGACAAAAACGUAAUGGGAUAUAUUGCCAGUUUGCAUGAGUUGGCUUCUACUGAGAGAAGGUUUUAUUUCAAACUGAGUGAGAUCAAAUCUCAGGUUCUUAGACCUCUUUUAGGUUUAGAUAAUUUGGGGAAUGCAAAUACAAUCCAGUUGUUGCAGGAAAUGGCAAGCAGGUUCAGCAAGCUGUGCUAUCUCAUUGGUCAACAUGGAGCUUCUUUAAGUAGCUUUCUUCAUGGAGUAAAAGAAGCCAGGAGUUUGGCCAUCCUGAAGCAUUCCAGUCUCUUUUUGGAUAGUUACACCGAGUAUUGUACUUCAGUAACAAACUUCCUUGUAAUGGGAGGAUUUACACUCCUUGCGAAGCCAGCAAUAGACUUCUUGAGUAAAAACCAGGAGCUGUUACAGAAACUGUCUGAGAAGAAUGAGGAAAACCUCCAGCUAGUGGAAGUUCUGAAUGCUCUGUUUUUCAUGCCGUUUGGACGACUUCAUAAUUAUGCUAGAACUUUGCUAAAGCUUGCCACAUGUUUUGAAGUGGCAUCUCCAGAAUACCAGAAGCUACAGGAUUCUAGUUCUUGUUACGAGAGCCUUGCUGUCCAUCUUAACAGAAAAAGGAAAGAAGCAGAAUACACACUUGGCUUUUGGAAGACCUUUCCUGGGAAAAUGACGGAUUCCUUGCGAAAACCAGAGCGUCGCUUAAUCUGUGAAAGCAGCAAUCGUGGCUUGUCCCUGCAGCAUGCGGGAAGAUUCUCUGUAAACUGGUUCAUCCUCUUUAAUGAUGCUCUGGUACAUGCUCAGUUCUCAACGCACCAUAUUUUUCCCUUGUCCACACUGUGGGUAGAAGCUCUUUCAGAAGAAGCUGGUAAUGUGAAUGGAUUGAAGAUUACAACACCAGAAGAACAGCUUGUUCUUGUUUCUUCAACACCGCAGGAAAAGACCAAGUGGCUGAGGGCAAUAAGUCAAGCAGUGGAUCAGGCCCUUAGAGGGACUUCUGACUUAAUGCUGUAUGGAGCUGGUGGGAAUGUGCCAAGACAGGAGCCUCCUAUUUCUCGCAGUGCCAAAUACACCUUCUAUAAGGACCCUCGGUUUAAGGAUGCUGUUUAUGAUGGGAGAUGGCUUUCAGGAAAACCCCAUGGCAGAGGGAUCCUAAAGUGGGCAGAUGGAAGAAUGUACUCUGGGACUUUCCGGACUGGGCUGGAGGAUGG